AUGAAAAAAAUAUCAAAACAGGCAAAGAGGCAGCAGUGUCACCAACACUAUUUGUUGGGGUGUAGAGGCGGAACCAGAGGUUGCGGGUGGGGUCGACGGGUACCGUUUGAACGACGUGACAUAUCUGCUGCAACUGAGAUCAUUGUAAGGACUAGUCGUGGCUUCCGUGGGAGGACUGGUUUUCCUGGUGCUGGUGUUUCACUGCCAGUGUUCUGA